AUGCAUGAGAGGGUGGUGAAACUCUUGGAUCGAAAAAAAGGGUUCAAUAGGGAUCAGAUCCGACGGACGAGCAAGAAGCAGAAGGAUGGCGGCAGGCAGGUGGAAUGGGAGCCGUAUGGAAAAGGAGAGAGUUUUGGUAACCCUAUAGAGUUCAGGCUGAAUCUGAUGUGCACUAGGGAUAGGGAUCUCUGGCAUAUGCGGUGCCCACUGAUAUGCAACUGGGCGGUUGAGCUUCACCUGCCACAUCGGGUGUUCCGCCAGUUUGGUUUGUUCCAGCCACACCCGCCGGAGUGGGAGGACACGGACAAGUUGCUACACGCGUUGGAUAGGAAAAAGCAGCGGAAGAUCAAGGAUUGGGCCAAGCAUCACAGCAAGUAUGUCGUGCAGUUCGCUCUUAGUGUGGAGCAAGCAAGGGCUGGAAAACGAGCCCAGCUUCGUGAGCACUGCCCGAUCGCGUUCAACAACUAUCUCACAUGGUUUCUUGCAAGUACCCGCGUGGAGGUAUGCCAGCCGGCGUAUGCUGAGGAGAUUCUGGAAGAACCCACCGUUUUUGAUGAGGUAGCCCAGCACCAGUUCAACGCAUUAGUCAGGAAAGGCAACUCAGUGAUCCCUUCAGCUCCAAUGAUGAACUUUGUGGUUAGCCCUUUUUGCUUUUCCAUUCGCACUAUUCACAUCUUCGCUUGCCUAACACUUUGAUACCGUUUCUGUUCAUAGCGUGCCCAGAUCAAGAAAGAAGCUGAUGAGACCGAGACUAUUCUAGAAACAACCC